AUAAACAAUGUGUUCUAUUAACAGUUGCACACAUGAUUGAGACAUUGCUCGAGUAUUUGUAAUUCACUGGCAUUUGAUGAUUGCUUUAGCAAUUACCUUUGCUGUCCUGUAUUUUAUACAGACAUUUCCCAGACUCCAGUCCAGAGACAUGACAUGAACUGGACUGUGGACUAGAUUGCUAACUCGCUAACGUUAGACCAUUAACGUGCCUUUGAAUGAUCGAAUUUGUAACUAACUUUAACGUAUCGAGCUGUAUUCAAAACGUUAAUUCAUGACCACGAUUACCAUUUUUUUAUGUUACUGAUCAAAUUGCUUUAUCCACUAACGUUAGCAAGUUAUCUGCCCACCUAGCUGGCUUGAAGAUUGAAUUGUGAAUGGAGGCAACACAGCUGAUCGAUGACUCAGUAUUGGAAGAGUCAGAGGAGGAGGAGGAUGGAGCGAUGCGAGGAGAGCCACUGGCCAAACUCAGGGUGUUAAAAAAUAAACACAUCACAGAGACUGAGUUGCCUCUCUACCAGGGAGAAAAUGUGUUGGGUCGAAACCCAGACUCCUGCUCCCUGCCCCUUGUGGCCCGCUCCGUAUCCAAGCAACACACCAUCAUCUCCAUCUCAAUGUUUCGCGGCAACCGUCGUCACGGCAACGUUGCCGCCAUGGAGACAGAGGCUUUAGUGUGGGACCUGGGCAGCAUGAACGGGACAAGGAAGGGCCGGACCAAACUGACCCCUCACGUCCGCUACGCUCUGACCGAGGGAGAGUGUGUGGUAAUAGCUGACAUCCCCUGCCAGUAUGUCUCUGUGGACCAGAGGGGGGGACAGGGGCACAUGCAGAACCCGACAAACGCACACUCUGGAAGGGGAAGGAGGUCAGGGCCAGACAGGAAGGCCCAGCUCAGAGGAAGCCCUAGCGGCCAAGGUCUGGGACGAGAGACUGGCACACCGAAGACUGAGGGUAGAGGAGUUAAUGGAGAGAUUGGGGCACCAUCGUUGACUGAGCUGGGUGGAAAGGGUCAAAAUCUGGCCAAACCCCUGUCGUUUGAACAAACCCCCACACAGCCUGAGAGGACACUGGUGCCUGAAUCUGACUCUGAUGGAGAGCGAGAGGGACGGAGAGACAAACGGGGAAAGUACUUUGUCUCUGAUUCUGACUCGCACAUGUCCAGUCCCACCUGUUCUACAUUCCUCAGUCCUACAAACAAAGUAAUUCCAGAGAGUGAGGACGAGAGCCCCAUCACUCCCUCCUCCUCUGCUAAAAACAGACCCAAGAAAAUAGUGAGCUUCAGUGAGGAGGAGAGCGACAUGGAUGGACCGAGACAGCAGCCCAGGAGAAGAAGAGCACAAGUGAUAGUGGACGACAGUGAAGAAGAGGAGGAGGAGGAAGGCACAGAGGCACUAGGAGAGAAGGAACCUGGGAAAAGGACAAGAGGAAAGGAGGAUGUGUCAGUGGUGAACCAGGUCAGUCAAGCUGAGAGAGAUCGAUUAACCCCCUCUGCACCAAUGGUGUCUACAGAGGACACGUUUAACAUGGACAGUGACACAGACGUAGAGGGAGAGGAGGAGAUGGGGCUGUCUGCACCUGUAAACGCUGUUAAGCCACCAGCCGCAACAGAACCUCCUACUACAGACUCUGACCCAGGCCAGAUCCACAUGGACAGUGAUACUGAUGUAGAGGAAGGGGAUACUAUGGACGGUGACUCUAAGUUAAUGCUAACUGCUGCUGAUGUGGAGAAGAAACCAGUAGAUUCUGUCCCAGUGGUGCAGCCAACAGAGAUCCACCUGGACAGUGAUACAGACGUGGAUGAUGAUGAUGUUGUUGUGUCAGACAGUGCUACCAAUGUUACCUCCUUCAUAUCCGAUCCGGCUGAGAAACCAGACGAUCCUGCCCCUGCAGUGCCACCCGUAGAAUUCCACCCAGACACUGACACAGAUGUGGAAGAGGAGGACACAGACACACAUUCCAAAACAGUUCCAGAAUCAGAUUCUAGUGGGAUCAGAACAGGGAUUGCUGCUCCCCAGGAGAUCCUUUUGGACAGUGAUACUGAUGAAGAAGACAGCCCGUUUACCCCUCCGGCCAGCAGCAGAACAGCGGAGCUCCUUAAUCCACCCACCAGUGUAGGACCUGCAGCUGCUGCUCCUCUAGAGAUCAGGUCUGACAGCGACACAGACUUAGAGGAAGACGCCACACAGACCAUGAAUCUUCCUCCUAAUGUCACCACGGUAACGGAGGAUGCGAUGUUAGCGUCGCGACAGGCCGUGCUUCCAUCACCCACAAUAACAACAACAACCGGUGCUGUUACCAAGACAUUCGCUCUCAGGUCUCAGGACUCUGAUGCUGACACAGAUGCUGAGGAGGAGAGGUUGGAGACCAAACCCCCCCGGUGUCGGCCCCCAGCAGGGAUGGUCCCGGAGUCGGACCUCAGUGAGCCCAGUGACUUCAUGGUGGACAGUGAUACGGAGGAGGAUGGACCAGGGAAGGCAGGCCAGGGACAGACUGCAUGUCGGCUCAGAGAGGGGGCAGCUGGCCCCGGGCUGCUCCCCCUGGGGGGUUCCCCUGGCCCUCAUCAGAUGUGCUCCACCCCUUUGGCAUCGUCAGUACAGGAGGAGAUGGAGACUCAGGCCUUCUUCUGUCCCUCUGACCCCUUCAGACGCCCAGCUCUCCCUCCUGUGCUGAGUUCUACAGCAGCAUUGUCCUGCUCUGCAUCAGACAGCCUGGAGGACGAUGACUUUGUGGUGGCCGAGACCCAGUCAUUUGUGUUGGAGGCCCAGAACCAGGGCCAUCAGAGCAGCCUUCCAGUGGAACCAACCCUGGAUGCUACGCAGCCCUACGGUCUGGAGCCUUCCUUGGGGGAGGAACGGGAGGUGCAGCCCAGCCGAGGCUCCUUCCAGCUGGGUCUAUCAGACAGCAGCCACCUCCAGGCCAGGGACCAGGCCUCAGAGAGCACCCAGGCAUUCAGCUUCCCAGAUGGGGAUUCUGACCUGGAGGCCACCCAGACCUAUGGAUCUGGAGGUGGGAGAGAGGAGCCUGGCCUGGGUCAGAGGUCUGCGGUGUUCAGGAGGAACAGGCAGGUGGACUUUGUCCUGGAGGCAACACAGGCUUAUGCUGCUCAGCCUCGCAGUGACACAGAGGAGAAAGAUGAGGAGACGCAGCCCUUGGAGUUCCCCACCCCGUCUAAUGUUGCUACGACUGAAACCCUGCCCAUGUCUGCCUAUGAGGAAGAGGACGGUGAGGAGGAGGAAGAUUUGGUUGGGGCCAAGCCCCUGACCCCAGUAAGGAGAGGGAGAUCUGGAGGAGCGAGGGAGAGAGAGGAAGAGGAGCAGGAGACCCAGACUGGUGAGGUGCUGACCAACCAAUACCUCUCCACAGCUCAAACUCUGGACAUAGUCCAGGAGAGUGAUGAUGAGGAAGAAGCCAAACCAGACUCGCCCAGAAGAAGACGGACCCAAAAACAGACAGUAGACGAGGAAGAGACACAGACUGUUGGAUCCUACCUCUCCACUGCUGAAACCCAGCCCAUGUUUACUGCUGCUGCUGCUGAGGAUGAUGACAAUGAGGAGGAAGAACUCAAACCUCCAUCACCCAGAAGGAGGGGAAUGUCCCAGAGAGGGAGAGUAGAAGAGGAGGAGACACAACCUAGUGAGUUCCUCACCAGCUCCCACAUCUCCACCGCUGAAACUCAGCCUAUGGCUACUUGUGACACUGAGGAAGAGGAGGCGGAGGACACCAAAGCUAAAGGACAGGCUCAGAGAGAGCGAGGGAAAGAGUCGGAGCCUGGGACAAGCGGUUUCAGCAGUAGAGGUAGAAGAGGAGCUAGAGGAGGAGAGGAGGAGAACUCUGAGACUCUGAAAACGCAGAUGAGAGGGAAGGGGAAGGCUGUGAACACCGCGGGAGGCGGAGGGAGGAGAGAGGUGUUGCCUGAGGAGGAAGAGAGUGAGAAAGAAGAAGAGGCGGAGGUGGUUGAGCAAGGGAGGAGGGGAAGAGGAAGAAAGAGUGUGAAACAACAGAAAGAGGGAGAAAAAGAAAGACUUGAGGAGGAAGAGGGAAUAGAGAAGGAAAGACAAGAACAGGCUGAGAAGGAACGGUUGCAGAAGGAACAGGUAGAAUCAGAAAGGGUUAUGAAGGAACAACAGGACAGAGAGAGCAUGGUACAGGAACUUAAAGAACAAGAUGAGAGAUUAGAGAGGGAGAAAAGAGAAGAAACAGAAAGGAUGGAGAGGGAGAAAAGAGAAGAAACAGAAAGGAUGGAGAGGGAGAAAAGAGAAGAAACAGAAAGGAUGGAGAGGGAGAAAAGAGAAGAAACAGAAAGGAUGGAGAGGGAGAAAAGAGAAGAAACAGAAAGGAUGGAGAGGGAGAAAAGAGAAGAAACAGAAAGGAUGGAGAGGGAGAAAAGAGAACAGGAGAAAAGAGAAGAAACAGAAAGGAUGGAGAGGGAGAAAAGAGAACAGGAGAAAAGAGAAGAAACAGAAAGGAUGGAGAGGGAGAAAAGAGAAGAAACAGAAAGGAUGGAGAGGGAGAAAAGAGAACAGGAGAAAAGAGAAGAAACAGAAAGGAUGGAGAGGGAGAAAAGAGAAGAAACAGAAAGGAUGGAGAGGGAGAAAAGAGAAGAGGAGAAAAGAGAAGAAACAGAAAGGAUGGAGAGGGAGAAAAGAGAAGAAACAGAAAGGAUGGAGAGGGAGAAAAGAGAACAGGAGAAAAGAGAAGAAACAGAAAGGAUGGAGAGGGAGAAAAGAGAAGAAACAGAAAGGAUGGAGAGGGAGAAAAGAGAAGAAACAGAAAGGAUGGAGAGGGAGAAAAUAGAACAGGAGAAAAGAGAAGAAACAGAAAGGAUGGAGAGGGAGAAAAGAGAAGAAACAGAAAGGAUGGAGAGGGAGAGGAAAGAAAUAGAAGAGAGGAACAGACUGGAGAGGGAGGAAAAAGAGAAGCAAGAACGAUUGGAGGUAGAAAACAGGGAAAGGGAAGCGCUUGAGCGAUCGGAGAGAGAAAGGGUGGAGAAAGAGAGGAUAGAGGGAGAACAAGCAGAAAAGCAAAGAUCGGAGAAAGAAAAAAUGGAAAGGGAAGAGAAGAGAAAACAGGAGAGAGAACUAUUGAAGAAGAAAAAGGAAGAGAAGGAGAGAAACCUGAAAGAAAACCUGGAGAGUGAGAAGAAGGAAAGAGAAAAGAGGGAAGCCGAUGAUAAAGAAAAGGAGAUAAAAGAACGACAGGCAAAGGAACAAGGAGAAAAACAAGCCAAGAUAGACAACGAAAAUGAGCUAAAAACAUCCAGGAGAGGUCGCAGAGCAACAACCAGGAGAACCGUCACGGUUCCACCCACAACGGAACCACAACCUGAACUUAAUAUUCUGUCCAGCACACCAGAACCAGUCCCAGCUAGUAUAACUAGGUCUCGCUCCAACUCUUCCAACUCUGUCAGCUCUGAGAGAUCCAGCAUGGGGAGCAGAGGGAGAGGGGGCAGGAAGACCACCAGCACCACAGAGCCAGCCCCGGGUCCAGACAACCCCACCCGCAACAGCACCAGGAGAAGGACGUUGGUAGGGACGGUUGUGGCUCCCCCUGCUGCUGUGGAGGUCACAGUGCAGGACAUUCUCUCCAGCGAACAGUUUGUUGCCAGGAGAACCCGCUCCAGCUCCACCAACUCCCACAGCUCCACCAACUCGGAGGUCUCCACCUGUAUUGUGGAUAGCGUGAGCUCAAAGAAGAAAGGGAGGGGAGGAGGCAGAAGGAGGAAGACUGGAACAGAGUCUGUCUCUCCCAGUAACAGGCAGAGUGAGCAGCCUCCAGCCCACAAGCCCAUGGCCAGAGGCAGGAGAAGCCAGAAGGUUGAGGAUGAUGGUCCACACCCUGUUAUUAAUGAGAAGGCUGAUUCUCAGGAGGCUGGUGGUACCACUAGAGGGCAGAAUAAAACUGCCAAAACCAAUGAGCCAGACCCUGUAGUAGCAGAUGAAGAAACCACUCCAGCCCAGGUAACAGAGGACUCCCCCGCUCCUAGAGGGAAUGGAAGAGGCCGGGGCCGAGCCGGCCAGAAAGACAACACACCUGAAUCCACCACUACAACAGCAGGAGGGGACACUCCAAGUGAAGAGGGAGUGGGGUCUAAAACAGGUGGGAGAGGGAAAGGGAGGAAGAGGGGGCUGGAAGAGGAGGAGGAGGAGAACAGUGGGUUCAAGGUUCCCCGGAGGAAAGCUAAGGUUCAGCGGGGAGGGAGAUGCAGGGCAGCAGAGGAGGAAGGAGAGAAAGAGGAGAAACAUGCAUCCACUCCAGCAAACAGGAGCAGGGCCUCCACUGCACAGGUGAAAAAGAUAGCAGAGGAGGAGAAGAGUAUGGAGGGACAGAGUGAGGAGAUGGAAGAGGAAGAGGCUGGUGCUGUGCAGAGGAAAGUCCGAGGCAGGCAGUCGACGGUUCAGAUAAAGAAGAAAGAGGAACCUGUUUUGGACUCUAAUUCUGUGGUGCCCCAGACCCCUACAGGUAAGGGCAGAGGUAAACGUAGGGCCCCUGUGGAAUCAUCACCACUAGCCAGGACCCCUCGCUCCUCCUCUGCCUCACCCCUGUCCUCCCUCUCCUCCCCUGGGACACUGAGCCCAGCGAGGGCCGCCACGCAAUCCUACAAGGUGUUGUUUACAGGAGUGGUGGAUGAGGAGGGGGGGAAGGUGGUGUCUUGUCUGGGGGGCAGCCUGGCGAAGGGCGUGGCUGACAUGACCCACCUGGUGACUGACCGGGUCCGACGCACCGUCAAGUUCCUGUGUGCUGUGGCCCGCGGCGUGCCCGUCGUCACCACCGAUUGGCUGGAUAAGUGUGGUAAGGUGGGUCGUUUCCUACCUACUGACAGGUACCUGGUGAAGGAUAGGGAGCAGGAGAUCAAGUUCAGCUUCUGUCUGGAGGAAUCACUGAGGACCGCUAGCACCCAACCUCUACUACAGGGUUAUGAGGUCCAUGUGACCAGGUCAGUGUUGCCAGAGCCAGCCCAGAUGAAGGACAUCAUCGUCUGUAGCGGAGCUCACUUCCUCUCCAAGAUGCCCUCCACUCAGAAGGCCCAGGCCCGGACCCUAGUGAUAUCGUGUGGGGAGGACUGGUCUCUCUGUGCUCCUGCACUCUCUGCUUCUCUCCCCGUCCUCAGUGCUGAGUUCCUGCUAACUGGUAUAUUACAGCAGAGAGUGGACCUGGUAACCCAUGUCCUCUCAGCCCCCAAACCCAGGGCCCAGCCAGGAGCCAAAGGCCAGGCCAGGGGGAGGAAGAGAAUGUAACAAAGACCAAACUCACCUGGGUGGUAUUCAUUAGUGCAUACUGUAGCAAAACCAUAUGCAACAGAAAACCAACACUAGUGUUUCUUAUUGGACAAGUGCAGGUAAUCCCUCCCUGUUUUAGUGUGUGUGUGUGAUGGUGUGUGUGUGUGUGUGAUAGCAUGCAGCACCCACCUCCAUCUGUAUAGAGAACAGUAGCAGGACCAGGCCUCAGAGGAGUGGUAACUACAGUACUACCACCCUGGAGGGGCUGGAGACCAUUAGACACCUGAGAGAGGGGAGGAUUCGGAUGUACAAGAGACAGUGGCAGCAUCCCAAAUGGGACCCUAUUGCUUACUUUUGACAAAGAGCCCUGCACUAUGUAGGGAAUAGAGUGCUAUUGGUGACACAGACGUAAAAGGCUGUUGAGAGGAGACAUCCACCUGUAUGACCAACUAGACUAGAUAGUUGAGAAUGUAUUCACUCUGAUAAGAAGACAAACAAACCCAAGAGAUGGACAUCUAUUCCUAUGUUUAUGAGGGUAGAGAGAAAAUACAUGCAGAGAAAUGCUCUGAAUAUAUUUGUGUUCCUAAAAAAUGAUAUAAAUAUGAGUUAACAUAGAGGAGUCUGAGUAAUAGAUGAGAUCAUUCACUGCCUAUCCCAGUCAUUUAUUUGAUGUCUCUUCCUCUUUUCCUGUCUUCCUCCCUCUCCUGAUCCUUUAUCUAUACUGAUUAAAAGCCAUCCUCUCGCCUUUUGUAUAAAGAUAACAAAUAUAUAUGUUAGUGCCUAUUUUACGAGGAUAGUGUUGAAUAUACCAGGUAUCUGUCUUCACCAGCUGUGAUUGCUGAAGAGACAUGUCUUCAAUCUUAGAAAAAGGACCGAACGGAUUAUCUUAAUGCUGCUCUUCCAUUUACAUCUUUGUAUGUCUAGGAGUUAUGUGUCUUUAUUUACUGACCAAUAAACCUUUUGUACCGAA